UCGAUCGUGUUAUAAAUCGCCUUCGCCGUGAAAGCGAGGCGCGCUUUGCUCCGAAGGUCGUGCACGAUGACGGCCAAGCCUCGCCGGCACGCCGCCGACCGCCUCUUCGGGACCGGACGCUCGGCCGGGGAGGAGGACCUCCCCGACCUCGACGAGGACGAGGUGCUAUGGUCCGAGGAGGACGUCUGUCGCAGAGGGGUCGAUCACCGGCGCUUCAAGUUAGCUGCAGGGGCGCUGUCGUUCGCCUUCGGCGACGGGAGCUCGCCGGACCGUCGUGCGGCGGCGUCGACGCCGGUGAAGGUCCCAGUUUGGCCCGGGUUCAUCAAGAUGGCGGCGGCGGUGGCGGUGGAAGGGGAGGAGGAGGGCGGCGGGUGGGUGCCGCCUCACGAGUACCUGGCGAGGGAGAAGGGGCGGAGUGGAUCCACGUCGGUUCUCGAGGGGGCGGGACGGACGCUGAAGGGCCGCGACGUGAUCCGGGUUCGCGACGCGGUUUGGAGUCGGACCGGGUUCUUUGGUUGAAACCCGAACCGUAAUCUAGCACUCUUAUUAUCUCAUGCAUGCAGCGUCACUUAGAUUCUGUACUAGUUAAUAUAUCAGCAUUUGAGGGCGAAAUGAAAUGAAUCACUUCGAGUUGAAUCAUGACUUUGUUUUAAAACAAUUGAAAUGAAAUGAAAAUUCGCACAUAUUUUAUCCAUCUUGCCUUCUAACCACUCAAAAUCUCUUGUACAAAUAUUAUCCACUGCGAAGGCUGAGCAGCGAGCACAAAGCCAUGGAGUCCCUCUCUUCUCCUUCCCGUGCUCUCCCAUCUCAUCAUCCCUUCCUCGCCCACUGCUUCACCCAGCCAAGAACAACUCCGCCGCUGCAUUUUCCAAUAAAAUUUCCCAAUUACAGUCGCUACAAAUUCCUCUUCCAUGCUGCGUCUCCACUUCAUCGAGCUCCCAAGAACACUCUCAGUGCAGUAGCAGAAGCAGCACCAGCAGGCGGUGACUUGAUAGGCCUCAUUCAGAACGGUGUGCUGCUGCUGUCGAUCUAUUGGUUCGCCAAUUUCGUUAUUCCUGGGCUGAUGAGCAAGGAUUUUGAGCCAGUCGCUUCAGAAACAGAGAAGGAAACAGAGGAGGAAACGGCUGAGGAAGAGGAGGAGGAAGUCAUUCAGGGAGGAGAGAUGAAACAAGGCGCGAAUCUACAAGCGAAUGUGAAGGCAAAGAGGAGAAGAGGCAGGAAGAAAACUGCCAGUUCAAGAUGAGAUUAUGAUAACUUAGUCAUGUGCAUCCCCAUUGUUAUAUCGUCUUGUUGACCGGAGAAGACAUUUUGUUGCCUUUUUUCCCCAAGAAAUUAAAGAUAUGCUUGUUCUUUAAGUUAUUGCAAAUCUAGUCAAAACUUGUGUCUUAUUUUUCAAA